CCAAGAGCAGGGAGAGGGAGCUUUGGACUGACUGACAGACAUUGGUCAGGGAGAGAGGUACAGUCUAUCCAGGGAAAUUUUUGGGAUACAGUGGCAAGGGAGUCUUUGAAUAUCCUCCACUUUGAGGCAACGGUUCUACAGAUUCCCAUGAAUAAGACAACCUCUUGAUGAGAAAACCCCUUGACCUGUAGGCACCGCCACAGCAGAGAGUUCAUCCGUCUGCCCCGGCCUUUCCUUGAAAACUGUCAUUUUUUGAAGUGAUCUACUAUCAGUUUCUCUUCAACCAACAAAGACAAUUGCCCUCCCCCUCCACCUGAAGGCAGCUUCCCGCCAAAAAUGUCUCUUGUCCCAUCCUUCCUCAUCCUGCUCCUCACCUGCCCUGCCCUCCUGACCCCAUCAGGUUCCCAGAGCCUGCAGCCUGGGGGUCAAAGGGCACCCAGGGACACAAAGCCAGAGGGUGGCGGGCAGCCAAUCAAAGUAGUGAUCUCUGAGGCGUGUGUUCAGGGGGACUCCAGUCAGACCCAGGGCAAGGAACUGGACCUUGAGCCUGGUUCUGCUCUAGUCCUUACCCAUCGGAUCCGACUGGUUCCGGGGUCGUGCGCAGGCGGGUGCGAGCCCGAGUUUGCUGCCCUGCGAGACCGUCUGGAGAGGCUGGAGAAGGAGGUGUCAUCAUUGAGGGAGAAGUGUGGAGGCCCAGAGGGGGGCUGCUGCACGUCCCAGCAGAGUAAAGGUGCAGGGUGCUCCAUCAAGCCGGAGGGAGACGAGUGUCCUAACGAGUGCAGUGACCAGGGACGCUGUGAGGACGGCAAGUGUGUCUGCUUCCCAGGGUUCAGUGGACCCGACUGCAGUUUGUCUGACUGCCCCGGCAACUGCAAUGACAAGGGGAAGUGUGUGAGCGGCCAGUGUGUGUGCGACCCAGGUUUCACAGGGCCAGACUGCUCUUCAGAGUCCUGUCCUGGUAACUGUAACAACAAGGGAAGAUGUGUGAACGGGCAGUGUGUGUGCGACCCAGGUUUCACAGGGCCAGACUGCUCUUCAGAGUCCUGUCCCGGAAACUGUAACAACAAGGGAAGAUGUGUGAACGGGCAGUGUGUGUGUGACACUGGCUUCACAGGGCCAGACUGCUCUUCAGAGUCCUGUCCUGGAAACUGUAACAACAAGGGAAGAUGUGUGAACGGGCAGUGUGUGUGUGACCCAGGUUUCACAGGGCCAGACUGCUCUUCAGAGUCCUGUCCCGGAAACUGUAACAACAAGGGAAGAUGUGUGAACGGGCAGUGUGUGUGUGACACUGGCUUCACAGGGCCAGACUGCUCUUCAGAGUCCUGUCCUGGAAACUGUAACAACAAGGGAAGAUGUGUGAACGGGCAGUGUGUGUGUGACCCAGGUUUCACAGGGCCAGACUGCUCUUCAGAGUCCUGUCCUGGAAACUGUAACAACAAGGGGCGAUGUGUGAACGGGCAGUGUGUGUGUGACACUGGCUUCACAGGGCCAGACUGCUCUUCAGAGUCCUGUCCUGGAAACUGUAACAACAAGGGAAGAUGUGUGAACGGGCAGUGUGUGUGUGACACUGGCUUCACAGGCCCAGACUGCUCCACCAAGGCAUGUCCUGGAAACUGCAAAAACAGGGGGAAGUGUGUGAACGGUAAGUGUGUGUGUGAUAGCGGUUUUACAGGCCCAGACUGCUCCACCAAGUCCUGCCCUGGCAACUGCAGCAACCGUGGAAAGUGUGUGAACGGCCAAUGUGUCUGCGAUAGCGGCUUUACGGGGCCGGACUGUUCCGCCAAAGCAUGUCCCAAUAACUGCAGCAACAAGGGAAGGUGCGUGAACGGGAAGUGCGUGUGUGAAGUGGGCUUCACUGGGCAGGACUGCGCUGCUAAGGGCUGUCCCGAUAACUGCAGCAACAAAGGGCGCUGUGUGAAGGGGAGGUGUGUGUGUCGCCGUGGUUUCGCCCCCCCGGACUGCAGCCAGUGUGAAGCUGGGUUCACUGGAGCUGACUGUGGCACCGCCAUGUCUGGUGUGUCCCAGCUCAACACCAAGGACAUCACAGAAUCCUCUGUUACCCUCUACUGGACCCCGCCUCCAGUCCAGUAUGACACCUACCACAUCACCUUCGCCAGCCAGAAAGAGGGCGAUCAACAGAUAACAUCUCAAGUUGGAGGGAAGCUCACGACCUACACCCAAACAGGACUGGCGGCCGGGCAGGAGUACGUGGUGACAAUCAAGGGAGAAAUAAAUAGGAGAAUGAGCACUGAGAGCACAACAGAAUUCACAACCCUUAUCUCUGGACCCACACACCUUCGAGUUGUGAAGACAACCACAACAUCUGCAGUUGUCCAAUGGGAACAAUCGCAAGGAGACAUCGACAGGUAUCGCUUAACUGUUGCACCCAAUCAGACAGACGGAACAGCCAAGGGAAGACAAGACCUAACCCUGCCCCCUGAGAGGGACUCUGCCCAGAUUGACGGUUUGGACCCAGGACAUUUGUAUGACAUCACGCUAGUGGCUGAAAAGGGCGGGAUCAAGAGCAAGCCAGCAACAGUCCAAGUCACUCCUGGUCCAGAGCCUCCCUCGGGUCUUGUCUUCAGUGAAGUGACUGAGACAUCUCUCUCUGUGUCCUGGACCAAGCCAAAAAGUCCAGUGAGUGGCUUCAAGGUCACCUACACUAACACACAGGAAGGGGAGCCUCUCUCCGCAACGGUGGACUCUGGGGAUUCCACUCUGGCACUGUCAAAGCUCUCUCCAGGGUCCUCCUAUGAGGUCAGUGUGAUAUCCGUCCUUGGACUGGACGAGAGCGAUGCAAUUAAAGACCUGGUUGUGACACUCCCUGACCCUCCGAGGGAUCUCCGGGCUAUUAAUGUCACAGACACCAAGGCCUUGCUGCUAUGGCGACCAGCACUGGCAACAGUGGACCGUUACGUCAUAGUGUAUGGCUCUGAAAAAGGGUCAGAUGAUGCCGAGAUCACUGUAUCGGGCAAUGCGGCGGAGCAGCAGCUGAAAGGCCUACAGGGCUCCACUAUGUACACCGUCACAGUCACCAGUCAGCUGGGCAACCUGGACAGCUCUGCCGCCAUCACCGUCUUCACCACCACCGGUGGAUCCAGGGGAGACGGGGAAGUCCCGCGUGACCUGAAGGCCAGUCAGGUGACUCCUCGCUCAGCGCUGUUGACGUGGAAAGCACCCUCUGCCGCCAUGGGAAGCUACAAGCUGACCUAUCAAACGGAGGGACAGGAGAUGCAGGAGGUUACCAUUGACUCCACAGUAACAGAGUUCAAACUGACCAGGCUGCAUCCCAUGUCCAAGUAUACCGUGCAGCUACAGGGGGAGAGGGGAGGGAGCUAUACUGCUAAAAUUUCCACUGAGUUCACCACAGGGAAUCUCCGAUACGCCUUCCCAAGUGACUGUUCCCAGGAGCUGCUAAACGGGAUACAUGAGUCUGGAGAGGUGGAGAUCUUCCCCAAGGGAAGGCAGGGAAAACCAGUGUUGGUCUACUGCGACCAGGUGACUGAUGGAGGCGGCUGGACGGUUUUCCAGAGAAGGAUGGAUGGGAAAACUGACUUCUUCAGAGGCUGGAAAAACUACAGCAAAGGUUUUGGAGAACUGAGUGGGGAAUUUUGGCUGGGUAAUGAGAACCUACACAAUCUAACCAGCAUGGCACCAAUGACCCUACGUGUGGACCUCCGUGCAGGGGACGAAUCAGUGUUUGCCAAGUACUCUGCAUUCACAGUGGACACUGUUAGAAGGAACUAUGCUCUCAAAGUGUCUGGGUACAGCGGUACAGCAGGUGACUCUAUGAGUUACCACAACGCGCGCAUGUUCUCUACCAGAGACAGAGACCCCACGCCUUUCAUCACCCGCUGUGCCAUGUCCUAUAAGGGGGGUUGGUGGUACAAGAACUGCCACGAGGCCAACCUUAAUGGCCUCUACGACACCAGUGUCAAUCACCAGGGUGUGAUCUGGACUGCCUGGAAAGGCAAGGACUUGUCCAUCCCUUUCACUGAGAUGAAGCUCCGACCAACAUCUUUCACCCCUCCAACUCAGGGAUAAUGACAAAGUGGUGGACAGAAAAUGAGAAGGGGGGAAAGGCACAGUUUAUGAACACACACACACAUCCAGGUAACUGCUGAAAUAAAGGAAACACCAACAUAAAGUGUCUCGAUAGGGCGUUGGGUCACCACGAGCCAGAACAGCUUCAAUGCACCUUCUCGUAGAUUCCACAAGUGUCUGAAACUCUAUUGGAGGGAGGUGACACCAUUCUUCCAUGAGAUAUUCCAUCAUUUGGUGUUUUGUUGAUGGUGGUGGAAACGCUGUCUCAGGCGCCGCUCCAGAAUCUCCCAUAAGUGUUCAAUUGGGUUGAGAUCUGGUGACUGAGACAUACACACACACACCCCCUUUAAACCCCCAAUUCUCUUUUGAGACCCCUCUUUCAAAGUUACUGAGAUAUCUUCUUCUAGCCAUGGCAGCCAAAUAAUAGGCAACUGGCUAUUUUUAUACCCUAAGCAUGAUAGAAUGUUAACUGCUUAAUUAACUCAGGAACCAUACCUGUGUGGAAGUACUUGCUUUCAAUAUACUUCGUAUCCCUCAUUUACUCAAGUGUUUGCUUUAUUUGGGUAGUUACCUGUACAUAAGCACACAAGCAAACACACACUCACUCAUGCAUGCAUACACAGUACUUGCACCUAUUAGCUAGUUUGAAAAUUUCCCAAUGCCUUGCUCUCCAGACUAAAGCAAUUCGAUUUUUUCAAAUGUAUAGAGGACAGUUAUCUGUAUGUUAUAUUGUACAGUUUCUAGAUUAUCUUUGAGAUUUCCCUUUUCUUUUUUACUCUUAAGUGUUGUGGCACCCCUUGUGUAAGCUGUAAAAAUGUAUGCACUGUCCCCUGGCUGUGACGGUACAACCGUGGAAAUGAGCGGUGAAUAACGGAGAUUUCUGUUUGUACUUGACUGGCAAUUAUCGAGUUUUGGUGUUUGUCCUUUGUUUGUCUUAUUUUGUGGUUAUAUGUCCUGUAUUUUCGGUUGCCCCAAUUCUCAAAUGGUAGCUGCUAAACUAAUAAAAUAAUGGUGGAACAUG